AUGGCUAAUCGCUUGAGUGCAUCUCUCCUCAUUGUCUUCCUCGUCCUCGCAGGUGGGACAAAGAUUCGUGAUGUCGAAGGGGCGGCGCCAUGCUCAGAAUCACUGGGUCUUUGCGGAAAGGACUGCGAAGCGAGGUGCAGCGCGAGACAUCCCGGGCAAAGUGGUGUUCAAGGGAGCUGUGACUACUCCAUCACGCCUUCCCUGUGCACGUGUUAUUAUGAUUGCCAGCAGCCCCCAGAGCCGCCUCAGAAGCAAUGCACGGGUGGUGCAGGACUCUGCAGCGUAAAGUGCCAGAACGACUGCUGCAACGCGAACUGCGCCAGCAAAUACAAGCAAGGCACAGGGUUCUGUAACAUGUUGCCCAGGACUUGGUUGUGCCAGUGUCAGUAUGCAUGUGGUUAA